AUGUCUUUAAUUACAUUGGCAAUUGUCAUUAGACUAUACAAAAUCUACUUACCGCCAAGAGUUGUAUUUGAUGAAGUCCAUUUUGGAACGUUUGCCCGCGAUUACUACCGAGGUGAGUUUUUUAUGGAUGUGCAUCCACCAUUGGGCAAACUUACUUACUAUUGGGUCUCAGUACUCUUUGGUUGGAAUGGAGAAUUCACAUUUGAGGAGAUUGGCAAGCAAUUCGAUGAUAAUGUACCCUAUGUGGCUAUGAGAAUGGUGAGUGGGGUUGCUGGGGUUUUAACUGUAUUGUUUACUUAUUUAACAGUGCGGCUCAAUUGCAGAAGCAGCGUGGCCUGGUUCACUGCAGUACUUUUGAUGAUUGAGAAUUCUCAAGUUACUCAAUCGAGAUUGAUUUUGUUGGAUACACCAUUAAUAUGUGCACAACUGCUUGCUAUUUAUCAAUUCAAAAAGUUUAGUCAAACUCCCGUGGCGUUCUCGGGGACCUGGUUUAGACUGCUCUUGAUUACGGGAAUUAGUUUAGGGAUUGCCAUGUCAAUUAAGCUUACUGGAUUAUAUACCAUGGGUUGGGUAGGAAUCCUCACUAUAUUUCAAUUAUGGACUAUUCUUGGUGAUCUCAAUGUCUCAACUCGACAAUGGAUUAUGCAUUUCUUUUCUCGAGUGGUUUGUCUUAUUAUUGUUCCAACCACCAUAUAUUUGGCUGCGUUUUAUAUUCAUUUUGUUGCGUUACCAUUCAAUGGUUCCGGUAGUGGGAGUGUAAGUUCCCAUUUCCGUUCAACCUUGAAUGAUACGGAUUUUACCGACAUGCCCGUUGAAGUACAUUAUGGAUCUACCGUAACUAUAAAACACCUCAAUGUAGAGAGGUAUUUACAUUCACAUGAUCACAAUUAUCCCACAGGAUCAAACGAGCAACAAGUUACGUUAUAUGGGUAUGAUUAUGAUGACAACAAUGACUGGAUGAUUGAAUCGCAAAAUAAAUUCAACGAAAGACUUUUCCAAAAGGGACCAGUCAAAGAUGGGGACACAAUCAGAUUAUACCACAGGUCGACCGGGAAAUACUUGCAUGUUAAUGACGUGAGACCACCACUUUCCGAGCAUGAAUACGCCAACGAAGUCAGUUGUGAUGGUGAUCGAAACUUGCUUGGUGAUAUUAACUAUGAAUUCACGGUGAGAAUAGUGAGCAAGAAACCCCAUUCCAAGAAUGAUUUACCCUUGAUUAAACUAAGAGCUACUGAGUCUAUAUUCCAAUUGAUUCACCGUGGUACCAAAUGUGUGGUGAUGUCACAUGAGGCGAAAUUGCCUAAAUGGGGGAUGGGCUAUAAUGAAGUGUUGUGCGUUGACCAACCAACUAUUCCAAACACUUUAUGGUAUAUUGAACUGAAUAGCAACCCCAAGUUUAAUGAAACUGAAAAUGACUUUGCCAAGAUUGAAUUUACACCAUUUACCUUUUGGAACAAGGUUUGGGAAUAUCAUAAGAUCAUGUUUAAAUUGAAUAAAAGUAUGACCGAUGAUCAUGUGUACGCUUCCGAACCUUCGACUUGGCCAUUUGUGUUGCGCGGAGUAGCAUACUAUGGCAAUGAGUCACUCGAGCACUUGACUGACGAAAAUGGAAGUGUGAUUUAUAUGUUGGGGAAUGUAGCCAUAUAUUAUGCUGGGUCUAUAUUCAUACUUAUUUCCAUUAUCAGGUAUGUAUUCUACUUGUUUUGGUACUUGAAUCCAUUUAUCAUUCCGAAAGAACUGAAGGAACAUAGUAUUUUCUAUACAAAUAUACGAGAUUCAAUACUUGGGUGGAUCUUAAACUACUUCCCAGCAUUUGCCAUGUCAAGAAAAUUGUUUCUUCAUCAUUAUUUCCCAGCAUUAUACUUUGCCAUUUUAAUAAUUGGUCAAUAUGUCGAUUAUCAAAUAACCAGAAGGAAAUACUUUGGAUUUGCUUUGCUUUUAGCGGUAUUGGCCGGUGGUUUAUAUUGCUAUGUACAUUUUGUCCCAAUCAUCUACGGUUUGGAAUGGACGUUACAAGAAUGUAAUCACAGCAAGUGGUUGCCUACGUGGGACAUUAACUGUAUGACGUUUUCAUAA